AUGGGAGAUUCCAAUUCAAGUUCACCCACCCCACGGCUGGACUCUCCAAGCUUCUCCUGCCCAACCCUGAGCUCACCACGGUCUAGGAGGUACAACAUUGACUUCAGACCCCCUGUGUACACUUUGGUUGGGCAUGAAGCGGAUUUGCAAGAAGAAGAGAUCGAGCUCGAUCGAGCUGAGGAUCGAGCUGAGUCAGCUGAAGAUCGAAGGAUUGGACUUCUCCAAAAGUUCAACAAAUGGCAAGGGAAAGCCAUUGAGAAGAUGCAAAAGUCCAUGGACAAGAUGGUCACUCCUCACCACUCAAGGAGGCUCCCUGCCCAAGAGCCUCACAGAGCCUCUUCUUUCGAGCCAAGGGAAGGAGAAGACAACACGCAGAGAAGGAGGAAGACUUCCAAGGCCAGACGCUCCAGCUCGACCACCGGACUCGAUCGAGUCCAAACAGAGGAAACUCAACUCGAUCGAGCUGACGGUCGAGCUGACCAGGAGGAGCCCCAGUUCGAGAUCCGGGAUUUGAAUACGAUCCCAUGCCUUACCAGGAGCCUCCCCGGAGUAGAUGGAACCCCUAUGGACAGUACGAGCUACCAAUGCUCCACCAAGGCCAAGGAAGCCACACACAUUUCAACGAUGAAGAAGAGGAGGAAGAGGAGCCGCAAGCUCGAUCGAGUGAGCCACAAGAGGCAACCCCAGUUGCAUGGAGUGCUCCUGAUGGCCGUCUCCCAUCUCCAGACCACGACCUAG